AUGGGCGUCUUGGGAUUACAAUGUGUCUGGGUGGAGGAGCGCAUGAGUGCGCCACUUAGGUAUGAACACGCAAUAAGCUGGAUUGGAGACGCACCUACGGGUCCGCGGUCCAAAGUAUGGAAUAUGCCCUGCCUCGACGUACAUUCGUAA